AUGGACCGCAGAAAGUCGGCAAUUACACCCGAAAAUUACACGCGAGCCAUCAUCUCGCUCUCAAGGAGAUAUUCAAGCACCUCUGCCUUCCCGGGAAACAACUACGCAGACAUUGGCGAAUGGAUGCUACAAGAACGUAGUCUUCUCAGCUCGGCAAAGCCGGGAGGAGCUGCAACCUCUUUCGCUUCCAAGUCGGAACAGUCUCACGAUUUGGUUGUGGUGUACAAUAGCGAUGAGAAGGAGUGGGACGUGCAACACUAUAACCAGGGGCAGCAUGAAGCCUUCUCCGCUGCCACUUCUGGUCCAGCGGAAGGUUUCGGUCAAAUAGUCUUCAUUCGAGGCUUCCUAUCACCAUCAUGGGUGGCUGCCAUUGGGAGCAAAUACAAGAUUGAUCCGGAAUUCUUUAGGCGCCAUAUGGAUUUUCUUUCCCCGAGCAUUGACCGACAUGCAUACAGCAUCCCAUCACUGGCAAGUUGUUCAAAUAACAUAUUUCGACUUUGUGUCAACACUCUUCUUCAUCGCGAUGAUUUCGGAAGACAGCAUCUUCAGUCGCAGCGGUUGGAUGAAUCCACGGAGCUCGGAACAUACAAGACACAACAACUUGGGUCCACUAGAGUCUGCUGCGGAGAUUCGCUGGUGCGCGAGUACUCCACUGUGUGCUCAAGGUUCUCUGUGAUGGAACAAUGGAUCUCACUGUGCUUUGUGAAAAGAGAUGGAGGCUGGGCUGUCAUUGCCUGGAUGGACCAAGGUAGACCGUUGGAAAAAUCUCCUCCGGGGCCAUGGACCUGCCACUUGGAAUCCAAGGCUACACCGCUACCAGUCCUUCAGCACCACCCCAAGAUGGCAUUUCGAACCACCAACAAUCGUCUAGAUCCAGAUGCGAAUGCUUCGGCAGAAGUUCAACAAAGCGGCGUCAUUCUUCCCUUGCAGUACGAUUCACUGAUUGCGCUUGUCGAUCUGGCCCGUCGGGCGCCGCAAGAUCCGCUUUCCAUGUGUAUCCCAUUGUUCGCGCAUGCCGCAUUCUCCGAAGUUCAGUUCUUGAAUCUUAUCGAGUCUAGAAUCCAAACCCAGAUGAACGCCAUAGUCAAAGGAGUUCUAACCGACACAUUGGGAACUCUUCAAUACUUGUCCAACAUUCUCAAUCGACACGCCCGGCAGCUGCAAGAUAGUAUUGCUGCACUCUGCAAGUUGGCCGAGCGAAGAAGCCAUCUUUUGAAUGAGGUCAAAGUGGAAGCACGUCUACCGCCGAAAAGUGCUGGGCCUACGAAUUCUAGUGUAGGCAAACGCCGGCAGAUGCCAGGGAUCGAGACGGUCCAAAAAUCUGGGUCCAACAGCUCCGACAGUUCCUUCACAGCCAAAGGCCUAUUGAACGAUUACGAACAGCUCUGUGCUCGCUGCAUCGACUUGUCAAAAAUGUGCACUCGAGGCAUGACUCUGGCAAUGAACAAAGCUACGAUUGAGGAAUCCCGUAAAGCCAUUGAGCAGUCUGAACGACUGAAGAAAUUGACUUUGCUUGCAACCUUCUUCAUUCCUCUUAGUUUUAGCUCCAGCCUGUUCAGUAUGAAUAUUGACCUCCUUGAGCAGAGAGUCAAGUUUUGGUGGUUUUUUGUCUUGUGUAUUCCAAUCACUCUGCUUGCCUACAUUCUUUAUCUUUGGGACUUGCCGGCAAUGAGGCAGUUUUGGGUGAGAUUCUGGAAAGUAUGUCACGGCGUUGGACGAGACAGGGCGUUUGGAAGCAGCGAAAAAGAUGCGAGUUAUGUUGUGUAA